AUGGUAUUCUCGGAGGGUGGGGGCAGGAACGAGGUAGGUAUCUUGGUUGAUAAUAACCACCGUGAACUAGUAGUGGAGGCUAGGAUAGUGAAUGACAGGCUGAUGACAAUUAAGCCAGUUGUUGGAGGUUUUACUCUAAACAUAAUCAGUGCGUACGCACCUCAAGAAGGCUUGGAUGAGGAAGUCAAGAGGUGUUUUUGGGAGGAUUUGGAUGAGAUGGUGCGUGAACCAGAUAAGGAACCUAUUACACAUCCUCAAGAACUCAAUAUCAACAAGUCUCCAGUUGGGAACACUAUUCAACUCUUCAGAGUCAAAGGAACAGCAGAGGGAACAGAUAGCUACCAGUUCUCGUGGUGA